ACCAUGGCGGCGCGAGCGCAAUGCAACUCCUUGAGAACGCCGACUUUGAGCAUGGCCCAUGGAUCGAGAUGUGCCAGUACAUGGAUCUGAGCCCGACCGAAGGCGUCAUCAACGGCGGGAUCGACCUCAGCCGGCUGCGCAUGAACACGGAGCAGAUCGCUGCCGGUUUUCAGACCUCUGGCGUCGUCGAAGAGGACCUUCUGGUGCUCAUCCAGUCGGCCAAGUAUGUCGACGAAGAAAUCAUCGCCACCUUCCACGAUCCGCUUGGCUCGAUCGACGGCUACUUCCACCGCGACGUGGUCGAUGCGAUUGGCGUCGCGCUGGUUAAGGGCGCGGGCCUCGUGCUCCGCAAUGUGACGGUCUUCAUGCCAGUGGAGCGGCGGCAGCAGUACUUGAACAUUUGCGCGGGCAACAUCGUGCAUCUCUUUCCCGCGACCGACGCGUUCGAAGAAGAGGUCGCGGCGUUCCAUCGCGACCAAGGCGAUGCGAUCGAGGUCCUCGAAGACAGCUCGCUGGCGGCGACGACGUCGGCGGACCUCGCGCUCAUGACGCAGCGCCAAGUGAUCCAACGGUCGUCCAAGGCACCGGCGCCACUGCCGGAGACGUCGAAAGGUGGCAAAUCCAAAGGCAAGUGGGCGUGGAAGUCGUUCAAGCCGCAGAGCAAGCGGCAGAAAGCCGCGAGCCCCGCCGUCUCGAUCGCGAGCUCCGAGAACAACGAGAGUCCGGCACCCGUCAUGCAAGCCCAAUUAGCACCGCGAGUCCCGCCAUCUCUGCCCGCGAAGCGCAUGCUACCCAUGGCCUCGACGCCUCGGGUCGACGUACAUGGCACGCAGGAAGAUGAGUCGGGGAUUGAAAUGUCCAUGCCCGACGACCACGACAUCGACUUUGCCAUGCCCCCGCGCCGCGUGACGUUUACCCAAGCCAGCGCAGCCGACCUACUGAACGACGCGCUCGAAGACGACGACUGGUAACGUGCUGGCGACGAUGAGGAUGAGGAUAUGCAUUGGGAUAAAUAGUCGGG